AAAAAAAAAAAAGGUUGUGCGUUGCUAUACCAACGGUUUAACUGGGAGGUGUUGUCCAUCCCGGCCGUACCCUAAAAGCGUUAAAGAAAUGACUUAAAUGCGGGGCAUGUUGGCGCGCGCCUGUGGUCUCAACUAAUACUCAGGAGGCUGGGACGGGGAGAAUCGCUUGAGCCCAGUAUUUCCAGGUGACUGCAUUUUUCUGAAAUUGUAAACAUACCGUGGAGGCUGACAAAUCUACAGAAGAAUGGAAGAACAAGACAGUGUGGAUGCUGCACCCGCCCCUCCAGCAGCCUGGCCAUCCGAGCCAGUGCUACCUACAGCUGAGGCCCAUGAGGCCCAAGGCAGCCCCGAGGCAGCCGCGGGGCUGUCCCUGCUGGAGGUGCUCGCCGUCUCCGUGGUGCUGGAGGACGCCAGCGACCAGCUGUCCAUCCUUGGCUACAUCAUGCCACGGCCGCUGGAGGGGAGGCAGAGCACCGCGCUGAGAAACAAGAGCCCAGACAAACCGCCGGUGCUCUUGACUGGAAGGAAAAUAUCCGCUCCGUUACUACUGAAAGGACCAGCAUCACCUGAAGUCAGACCAGGAGGCCAGCUGGCUGAGGAGCUGAACAAAAUGCAUGAUCUUGCCUUUAAAACACCUGCAGCACAGGCCAUCAGGACUGCAGAGAUGCUGAAGAAAACGCAGAGCGACAGGCAGUUUUUCAGCGAUGUCAUUGCAAGCACCAUGGAGGAGUUGCAAGAGUCAGGAACUUUCAUGAGCCUGCUACAAGCCCUGCGCAAAGAAAAGGAAAGCAAGAUGCACUUCUAUGAUGUCAUUGCCAGGGAAGAAAAGGGACGAAAAAUGAUAAAAUCUCUUCAAAAACAGCUGAUUAAUGUUAAGAAAGAACGGCAGGCUGAAGUACAGAGCCGAAACGAAUACAUUGCCCACCUCAAGGACCAGCUGCAAGAGAUGAAGGCAAAAACCAACCUGGAGAAUCACUACAUGAAAAAGAACACCGAGCUGCAGAUCGCCCAGACCCAGAAAAAGUGCAACCGGACUGAGGAGGUCUUGCUGGAGGAGAUUGAGAAAGUGAGGAUGAAGACCGAAGAGGAGAACCGAAUCCACAUGGAGAUUGAGAUGUUCCUUAGGAAAGAGCAGCAGAGGCUUGAGGAGCAGCUGGAAUUCUGGAUGGAGAAAUUCGAUAAGGACACCGAGAUGAAGCAGAGCGAACUGAAUGCUCUCCAGGCCGCUAAGGCCGGUGACUUAGCUCACCUGCAGGACCUGGCGACCACGAUACGGGAAUAUGAGCAGGUCAUCAUUGAAGAUCGGAUAGAAAAGGAGAAGACCAGGAAGAAGAUGGAACAGGAUAUGUUGGAACUAAAGAGUGCCAUAAAGCUCCAGGCCUGGUGGCGGGGCACUGUGAUAAGGAAGGAAAUCGGAGGCUUCAAAAUGCCUAAGAAAGAGAAAGAUGACAGUAAGGAUUCAAAAGGGAAAGAGAAGGACAAACGAAGAGGCAAGAAGUGACAAGUGACGUUACCUCCUGUCCUUGCCUCUGGGAUCCUGGAGGCUGGGAGCAUCCAGAGAACUCAUCUGCAUAUUGUUUGUUUGGACAUCACCAGGUGGAGCCUGGUGAUUUCACCUGAAUUAGGAUUAUACUAUCAAUUUAAGGUUUCUUCAUAUACGGAAUUUUGCUUGGAAGAAGUAUUUUUAGCAGCCUAUUCCUUUUGUUCUUACCAGAAAAAAGUUCUUGGGCUUAACGUAUAAUGAUACAUUAAAACUUCAGUAACUCCUGUGUGUCUGGCUCUAAGUCUAAAGUGAGAAUCUUAUGUGCAAAAGUAAACUAUUCAGUAGGAAUUCUGAGGUACAAUAUACACAACAAAUUUUAACAAACUGGUUCCUGCCUUUUAGUGUUUUUAAAAUUUUUGGUACCAGGGAUUGAACUCAGGACCUUGUGCUUGUGAGGCAGGUGGCAGCACCACUGAGCUAAAUCCCCUGCCCUACUUUAAUGUUUUUUACUGGGGGAGGUGACAGAAUAUUUAUAAACUGCUCCAGGAAUAUUCUGGAGAUUGGUAGGGAUAUAAAUUAUAGCCAAGCUAGAAAUAGGGUGUUAGGGUACGUGGUAAAGAUGAGGACACACAGGUUCUCUGGAAGGCUAGAGGCAGGGUCUUUCAAUGUAGUUCAGGCUGGCCUUGAACUUGGGAGGUUCCUUUCCAAGUGCUGAGAUUACAGGGGUACACCCACGCUGGUUUAAAUUUGGAGUUAUUUUCAACAAGACACAACUGUUCCCAUCCCGUGGGGUGUUAAGAAUGGCAGAGGGAAGGCGUUUGAAAAUACCUACCUGUGCAAGGCACAGUACAGCUGUUUGUCAUUCUCCCUCCCUUAUGGAGCAAUGAGCCCACUAAGUCAUGCUUGCCCUGAUUAACCAAAACAAUGUCUGGAGAUGCUAAUGUUUUCUCUACAGCAAAGCUGGGAACUUCUAAGAAAAGCUGUCCUCAAGUGUCAUUUAUUUCACACAUUAAACUCUCCAUACAACUUCAAUUACAGGACAAUCUUGGUAUCUCUACUUCCUUCAAGGAAUUCGAUAGCCUAUCCUGGCCUUGAACUCUAUGUAGCCUAGGCUGGCCUCCCAGUGAUCCUCCUGCCUCAGGCCCCCGAGUGUAACUGCUGGGACUAUAGGUGUGUGCUGGCUGGAAACUAAGCUUUAGGUAUAAACAUUUUCAAACGUUUAUUACAUGCUACUUAAGUGCUGGCUUUAUUUUAAUGUCAAUGUGUAAGGUGGCAUACAGGCAAUUUAAAAUAACAUGAUACUGACAUAUUUAUACUUAAACUUAUGCAAUAUAUUUACAGACAUACAAAUAUAGGA